GCUAUUGAAACGAAAGUGCAGCCCUAUGUGGCCCGUAUUAUUAUGACGAAUUCAUUGAUCAGCAGUAUUUUACCAGCAUUUCUUAGCUUGUUUAUUGGACCUUGGUCUGAUAAAUUUGGACGCCGACCCAUACUUAUAGCAACUUAUGGCGCGGCAUUGUGUGGACAUGCAAUAACAACAAUCCUGGCAGGCAUAUCAAUGGCAAUGCCAAUAAAUCCGUGGGUUUACGUUAUAUCGUAUAUACCGUUAGCAAUAACCGGUGGCACUUGUGCCCUGAUAACAAUGGUGUUUUGUCUGGUGUCCGAUGUGUCCGAUGAGGGUGGCAAAGCUAGACGUUUGUUCUUAGUGGAGGGCGCUUUGGGCAUCGGUACUGUUGUCGGCAACUUAGUGGCUAGUAAAAUUUUAGCUGGAACUGGAACCAUCGGCGUUUUUGGAAUCGCCACCGCACUCGACAUGUUUGCAUUACUCUAUUUGCUCAUAUUUGUUGGUGAAAGUCUGAAGUUGAAACACGAACGAAAAACAUCGAAGCUACGUGAGUUCUUCAAAUUCGAUUUAAUAAAAGAUCUAGUGAAAAGUUGUGUGAAGCGCAGACCAAACUAUGAUCGCGCCAUUAUUUGGUGUAUAAUGUUCACCUUAGUCAUCACUACUUUUGUUAUGCAGGGUGAGUCCAAUGUAUUCUAUCUGUUCUUGCGCAACAAAUUCAAUGCCAAUCUCUCGCAAUUUACCACCUACAAUGCCGUCACAAUCUGCAUCAAAAUGGUUGGAUGUGGCAUUAUUUUGAUUUUAUUACGAAUACUUUUCAAGGUGUCUUUAACUAUUGUGGCGAUUAUGGGCUUAGCCGGCUGCUUUAUGGACAGUACGAUACGCGCGCUUGCCCAAAACUUUUGGCAGAUGUAUGUGGCCGCCAUAAUGGGUUUCAUGAGCGGCGUAAAUAAUCCUAUGCUGCAGGCGGUACUCGCUGGCUUAGUAGAAGCAACGGAGAUCGGCAAAAUCUACGCGGUGAUAUCCUCGCUACAAACCAUUUCACCUUUGAUAUCAGCCCCCGUAUACACGGGCAUUUACAGUGCUUCGCUGUUAACAAACCCUGGAGCCUUCUACUUUCUGAGCAGUGCCAUUUAUCUCUUGUGCUUUGUGCUCAUCAGUGGCAUGUAUGUAUUGGAACGACUUGCCGCUAGAUCUCAGAGGAGACAAAAAGCCGUUGCACCUUUAGGAUCAAAUUUAAAAAUGGUGUCUCCAAUUGUGUCGGAUGAGGACGAAAAACACAUGAUGCAGACACGUGGCAGCAUUGAAAUGUCUUUUGAACCGGUUACUUUCGAUGAGGAAGGAAAUAUAGCAGCACCUGUUUAUUUACCGACCACCACAUCCGAAAAAGGACUCCCAGAUGGAUGCUCACCCGAAGAACCGCUUUCCCCGCAAUCAAAACGUUCUCGACGCAGACGGAUAAUGUCCUUGGAAUUGCCAGUCUUUUUGCUGCUCCUUGGAAUAAUGUUAACCGGUCCUGUGAUGCUGAAUCAGGAGCUUUAUCAAACCUGCGUUGCUGUCUAUCAUUACAAUGAGAGUGACUGUGAACCUCUACGGGGCAUUAUUCCCAAAACGGAAGAGGCGAAGAUAAUCGAAAAUCAUCUACAACCUUAUGUGGCCAAAAUUACCAUGACUAAUUCAAUCUUGCACAAUGUGUGGCCGGGAAUACUUGUACUCUUCGUGGGACCAUGGUCAGAUAAAUUUGGACGGCGACCAGUGUUGUUGAUGGCUUUUACAGCCUCCUUUAUCGGUCACGUAAUAACUACAAUUUUGGUUAGCAUUUCCAAACUGGUGUCACUUAAUCCAUGGCUUUACUUAAUAGGCAGCAUUCCAUCCACACUGGCUGGUGGUGGUAGCACAGUGAUGACUAUUGUCAUCUGUUAUGUGUCUGAUGUAGCCGAUAUGGAAAAUAAAGCAAAGCGGAUGUUCUACGUUGAUUUGGCUAUGGGUACUGGUUUGGUAUUUGGUAAUGUAUUGAGCAGUUACUUGCUGCGUCUGACUGGUGUCACAAUGGUGUGCGUCACAUCUGCUCUUCUCAUCUUAAUCGGCUUGCUGUAUGUUUUCUUUUUUAUUGGUGAAAGUUUAGAUGUUGAGAAAACAAGCUUUUCGCAUAAAGCCAAGCGCUUCUUCGAUAUCCUACUUAUCAAGGACCUUGUGAAAACUUGUGUGGCGCGUCGCCCAAAUUAUGGACGUGCCAUCAUUGGUUGUACGAUUUCUAUUUUAAUGGUGUCGAGCUUUGUUCAUCACGGCGAACAUGGUGUAUUCUACUUAUUCUUACGCAACAAAUUUAAUGUAACAUUGCAACAGUACACUUACUUCAAUGCUACGCAAAUAACAAUUAAAAUGGUAGGCUGCAGUAUUGCAGUUACGGUGUUAAGAAAGAUUUUCAAAAUACCCUUUGGCAUCAUCGCUUUGAUGGGUCUAGCCGGACAUAUGCUGGAAUGUCUAACCCGUGCGUUAGCACAGAGCUUUUGGCAGAUGUAUGUGGCAUCGUCCUUUGGAAUUUUAUCAGGCAUUACAACUCCAAUGUUGCAAGCAAUUAUUUCUUUAGCGGUGCCAUCAAAUGAAAUUGGCAAAGUCUAUUCCUUGGCGGCAUGUUUGCAAACACUCUCGCCCUUAAUUGCAGCACCUUUAUAUACUUUCGUAUAUAGCCACACUCUUCAAACGUUUCCAAGUUUCUUUAAUUUUAUUAGCUCUGGACUCUAUGGGGAGUGCUUUGUUGUAAUGAUCGUGAUAUGCAUUUUCGAACGACGAGUUGCUAACCGACCAAGCCAAGCCGAAGAGGAAAAAGGACAAAAAACGAAAAAAUCCCUAUCGGAAGAGCCCAAACUGGAAAAACUUUUAGAAAAUAAUGUUUAAAUUAGAUUCGAGUAUUCGAGUGUUUUUGUGUGUUGCGUGUGUACUCGAAAUAAAUUUAUAUUUAAGAUACUGAGGAAUUAAAAAGAUAAUUAAAUGCACAAAUGCAGGGGCAGGAAAUGCAUAGUAGGUACCGGUUACUUUACAAAUAUAUGUAAAUGCAAAUAUGUACAUAUACAUAUUUAUAUGUAAACAUACUGUUAAGAUCAUAAAUUAAGUGAGCUUUUUAUAUUACGGAUCAAAAAAGGGGUGUCAUGAAACGGACGAAACUCACACAUAUCUACUUUUAAUGGCAACAAAUAAAUAAUUUAAUAUCUUUUAAGCUCAUUAAGUACUGACAAACACGACGAAUGUAUAUGAAAAAGUUUAGC